ACAUGGCGGCUUCAAGGAUGGCUACAAGACUUCUGUCUUUAAAUGGUCCCUUUUUGAGGUCUUCCUUGAACUCUACUGCUGCAAAUCAGGUGAAAUCCCUCUGUAGAAGAAGCUUCUCAACGUCUGGUAUUUCCGGAACAAUUUCCAAAGGUAUUUAUGGAUUACAUAGCAUUACAAGAGUAAAAGGAUUUCAAAAUAACCUCCAGGUAAUACCAGCAAAACAGAAAAUUUUAAACAUGCAACAAACCACAUUCUCUACUUUACGAAACCAAAUCAAACCAAACAGUUUGACGUCAUCUCGGAUUGGAUCCUUUGCUAGUGGAGUACGAUAUCUUCCUACGCUAAAUCAAGUACGCCGUCAGAAACCGCGUACUAAGAAUAUGCAAGCCAAACCCUUUAUACCACGAUCAGAGAGAAUCCUACUCGGGCCACAGAGGAAAGGAGUUUGUAUAAAAGUCUUCAUUAGAAAACCAAARAAACCAAAUUCUGCACAGAGGAAAUGUGCACUGUUGAAGCUUAGUAAUGGCAAGACAAYAUCUGCUUAUAUUCCCCACGAGAAAGGACAAUUACAAGAGCAUGGUGUUGUUUUGUUUGAAGGAGGUCGUGUUCAGGAUUGCCCUGGAAUAAGGUUUAAAAUCAUAAGAGGCAAACUAGAUAUGAACUGAUAAAGACUCUUUUCUAGUUGCAAAAGUGAUAAUUUCCUUGCAGAAACAAAGUUUGGCUCGUCGAGGAAAUUGAGCGUUUACUUUGAUUAGAACUUUGUUUUGUCACCAUUUUCUUAUACAGUGGCACAACAAUGAAAUCAUUGUAGAAAUUGAAAUUAGAUUAARAUCGUGGUAUCCUGUAACAUCUUCUUUGCUGUAUCUGUAAUGCCCUGUACCACUAGAUACUUGAUUGAGUACAGUAUUGCUUGUGUAUACUAAAUGGCACCUCUAUUUCUGUCUCUUUUAACUUGGUCCAGACAUUACAUGUAUGUUUAUGCAUUAAAUGAAUGGUGGUGGUUUAAAA